AUGUCCUCAUUCAAUCCUGGGACAAAAGGGAUGUCCACAUCACCCAUUCUGUGCCUGGGGUGGACGAUUGCUAUACAGACCACCGUCUUCUGUUCUCGCAUUUCAAGAUCUCUGUUCGCCAACUACCUAGGUGUCUUCCUGAAGUCAGGCUUCACCGAUGGUCGACAUGCAGAAAUCAACCUUCAACUACAACAUGGUCACAUCACUGAGAGUGAUGCAGCUGAGAAGAAAAUGGUGGCUUGGUUGUGGAUUCGUGAUACAUUGACUGAUACCAUCAAGAACGUAUCAAGAGGCAAUCCCACAAUGCAAGCUAAUUCAAUGUUGGCACUGUCGGGGUUAGGGUGUGCUGUGACCAAAUACCGAUCUGGGGAGGAUAUGGCUACGGUCUUGGAAAGUGAGUCCCAUUCUGCCCACAUGAAGCACAAACAGUGGCUUUCCUUAAUAACAGAUUCUUUAUUAUCAAUAUGGAAUGUCAAAUAUAAACCAUCAGCCAAUGCUUUGCUUGGACUUUGUCAACAGAGGUCUGUAUCAGACCGAGCUCCAGCAAGUAUGUUGUGUCAAGCAUCAGCCUGUUUGUCUCUACCCAGAAUGAUUAGUAGCCAGUUGACCACAGACACGACUGGCAGACUCUUUGAAGUCCUCUCCAUGAUGACCAAUGGUCUGCCUGGCCAACCAAACCAGCCAGAAUCUCCUGUUCUUCUCUUUCAUAAUGGGCUGACUCUUGGCAUGUUGUUGGCUCGGCUUUUUGAAGAACACUUCAGUGAAAUUGGUGGACCCAAAGGAAUGCAGCAGGUGUGGAAGUCACUUGAUGCUCUUGAAAAAUGUUGUUUGGAUGAAGAAUUACCCAACAGAUCAGGCUCUGUUCUUGGUUUGGGCCUGGCCCUCAGUGCACUUUGUGAAGAUGGAAAACCUGAGUCCCGUGAACAUGCAGCAACAAGCCUCAACAAAUUGUUUUCUCUGCUUAAAGACUUGGACACAAGUUCUAACAUCUUUCAGGUCCUGUGUUUUUCUGUGGCCUGUAUUACAGGCUCCACAUUUGCAGCAAACAUCAUCAAAAUUGAAACAGUUGACACUAUUACAGCUCAUCUUAAAGAACUUAGCUAUAUGAACCCACAGAUGAGUGGUGUGAACCUUGCAAUGGGAACUCUUUGUUAUUGUCUCAAUAUGAUUGGUCACAGUGGCAUCAACCAACUCACUCAAGACGUGUGCAAUGAAUGGACAAACACUUAUCUGGAUGCAGAAUCUCCAACACUUCAUCGUAUUUCUGCAUUGACAGGUUUAAUGGCGUUGAUUGGAUCAGAAAGAGGCCUUAUCACUAUCCAUUCAAUUCCUUCCCUUUCGGGGAAUGUUGUUAACCCAGUUGCUGUUCUCCAAUUGGCAAAAACUAUUUUGAAAAGUCAAGAAGACAUUGGAAUUCAAAGUGCAUCUGCCUGGAUGUUGGGUCAUGUCCAUUUAUCGACAUCAACUGUGUCAGAAUCCAAAACCAGUGUACCAAACAACUACCAUUAUCUCGAUAACAAUUUGAUCCUUCGAGCUUUGCUUGAUUUUCUCAUUGAUGCAGGAAAAUUAGGUCCAGAUAUGAUUUCAAGUGCUGAGGUCAAACUGCCUUUAACUGCCAUUUACAAAGGCCUUACACGACCUUUACCCCCACUCAAUUGGGCGGCUGUUUUGGCUCCUCUGCUGAGGCAACCAUUUUCAUCUGAAGUGAAGAUGAUCAGCUUGAAAUUAGCCGUUUCCCAGUGCACGUCAUCACCAACUGCUGCCGUUUUUUUGUCCUCUUGGCUCAACUCGUCACUUUUUAAUUCUCUUGAAGCUGAUUGCCAGAAUAUUAUCUUUGAUAAUCUUGACCAACUGAUAAAAUGCAUCCCUGUGAAAACACUACAAGAGUUUUUGGAAUAUGAUUGUGUAAACCCUUUCCUGUAUGAGGGUAGACACUCACAGUGUCCAAUCAUCCUCCGAGGACUCCAUAAAGCCCUUUUGGUGAAUGACCCACCAGAAUUUGUGACAGAACUACUUUACAAAACCACAGAGCAUCUCUACAGAUCUCUAACACCAACUUAUCAGCCUGACACUUACAACACAAUGUGUGAAUGUUUGGCAACUUUACCUGACAAAAGAUUUGAUUCAAUAAUUGAAGAAGACUUUUUGGAUCCACAGCGGUUUCUCAAAGGAACAUAUACACGCUGCUUUUUGAUAGCUAACAACAAACAACCAAUUGCUUUGCUAAAUUAUUGCAUCGAUGCCAUUAUCAACGCAGGAUUUAUAUCAGAAUCUUUGCACAGUUUGUCUCUGAUGUUCUUGGCUCAAACAUUUUAUCGUUGUGCUCUACGUGGAAAUGGAAACAUGGAAUGUCUUCAGUGGUUCCUGGAACUCCUUGGUCACACUCGGAAUUUAGCAACAGGUAUCAUCAAAUUAGCUGAUGAUGUCACAGAUCCACCUGCUGCAUUUGAUUUCGCCAUCCAGAUCGUUUGUGCAGCUGCUUGCUCUUGGCUAAACACUUCCGCUGCUGUGGCUGGCCAACACCCACUCUUCAUGGCUGAUCUGGCCAAUAAAAAGGAUUCACAAUUUCCUGUUUCUGUCUAUAUUCAAGAUGAGCCAAAUUUUUGGCUCAAACUGAUGCCUUCUUACAUUUCUAAACUGGACAAAGAACCUUGGAGACAAAUUGUUCCUAAGUUUAUGGAUUGGCUUAUUACUCUUCACUCUCUCCCUGAUGAGACGAUCAGAUCCUCAACUAAACACAUACUGAAAUGCUGCCUGCAUAUGUUACGUCAUACAAAGGAAUUCAAGAAACCAGCUGUAUGGGAUAAAACAGUUUAA